CAUCACUCCCUCCCUCUCCUCUGACAAGCAGUCGAUAUCCCUCCAGACUCCCUCCCAUCUCUCACAUACUCACCUCUCCCUGCUAGUCUGCCACAUUACUCGUAUCUCUCAACACAUUCAGAGCUGAAGAUGUCCUGGACGUAUGCAACCCUCCUGGCUCUCCUCGCUGUGCUUCUGGCACUUUCCUUGUCUCCUGAGGCCGACUCUGCAGCUGUGCCCAGCAAGACAGGCAGUGCUAAAGAGCCACAAGGUCCACUGAGAAAGAUCUUCAUGAAGGAGGCAGAUGCCUCACACUUCUUCAGAAGACGCAGCAGACGGGGAGCAAAGUCUCAGGAUGAGAUUAACGCUGAGCAGAGGCAGGUUCUGGCUGCAGAUGAACGAAAGAGAGAGUUUCACGAGGAGAACAGGAACGAGUUUGAGAGCUUCGCUGAAGAGGAGGAUGAUGAACAAAACGAGAGGAGCAGAGUGCGCACCGAGCAGUGGAGGGAGUUUCACUACGACGGGAUGCAUCCUCCUCACGAGUAAAAUCGUCAGUCCAUCUGAGCCCGAGGGCAGCGAGAGAGCAGAGACGUGAUGCUGGAACAUCUUAACAACACAAUGAGGCCUUGACAGUUAUAUAGUAAAGAUAUCAGCUACAGAUAUAUCAGCUUGUUUUUCACUCUCAAGUUGUUGACAUUGGCUUUUACUUCUCAUUGUUUGGGAUCCCACAGACCCCACUGCUGUAUGUGUAAAAGUAAUAAUAAUAAUCAGCAUAAUCUUUGUUUUGUCUUUUGAACUACAACCCAAUAUGUGGAAAGGUAUUUAAGUGCCUUUCUCUUUGCUACAAACUGGGCUUACUGUACACAUGUAAUGAAGGUGACAGUACAGAAAUAAACAUAAAAUAUUGCUAUUAUAAAUAAGGAAAUAGUUUUAUAUGUCAUGGGAUAUGGAUGAACAAAUAGAAACAUUAUUUUCAUUAUCGAUUAAUCUACUAAU